AUGAGGAAUCUGUGCUGGCUACUGGCUGUUCCCAUGGCAAUCCUGCCCCUGGGCUGUGCCAUUGUGGGUGCAGGACGCGAUCUGCUGCUGACGCCGAGGCAAGGACACCAGCUGAGCGGCAAGCGCAUCUUCUACGAGGAGCCGGCGGAGGAGCGAGUGCUCAACCAGCGACGCAGUGCGUCGGAGCGUCCUUGGGAGCGCACCCUGAAGCAUGUCACCUACGUGACCCUCUUCACGGACGCGGCCGUGGGCGCAGCAGCCGGAAAUCUCAGCCAGCUGCACGAGUAUCACGACUUCCUGCAGACUCCCUAUGUGCCGGCGGAUGACCAGGGCGGAGCUGCGUUGGGAGGAGCGCCGUCCGCGCGCUUCGGCGACAUCAUGACCCUGGCCAAGGGCUACCUGGAGCAGCUGCCAGGCCCGGGAAACGGAUCCUAUCGCUUCCUCGAGGGCGGCACGUGCUUCCAACUCCAAUGCCCCAGCUCCAGUGGCAGCCAGCGACGGGCCUUGUGGCAGGUGCAGCGCAUCCGCCAUCGGGACGGGGACCCGGGUCGUCACUACCACUACGAGCUGAAGUUCAGUGUGACGCCGCUGGAGCAGCAGAACUGGCAGCCGCACCACCAGCACCACCCACACCCGAUGAGCUACAUCCAAAAGGAGUCCGACUAUCCACGCAGCUUCGGGCGUUUGGCACACGAGCAGGACUUCCAGGCCCAGCGGCGCCAGGACAGGGAGCGAUAUGGCGCUGGAGGAAGCGCUGCUGGUGCUGGUGGUGGUGGUAAUGCGGAGCAGUCGCAGGCCACCUUUGUGCACGGCAUUUUCCAGCCAGCGCCGCCGCCGCCCAAACUCAACAUCGGUGAGUAUCUAAAGGGCGCCGUGGCAGUGGCGCCAGGCAGUCCGAAGAUCGAGCUAUUUCCGGGACUGCUCAAUCUGGGACUGCGACCCAACUAUGUGGUGCCCACCACCUUUCGUCCAAGCUACCCGGCCGCGCUGAAAUUUGGCCCACAUCCGGAAUUGGAAAGAUUCCCCAGCCACAGCGGUGAACUGGGCCAUGCUGGUAAUGGUAAUGGUAAUGUUGGUGCUGCGCCACCGGGCGCCGUAACCCAUCACUUCCAUCACCAUUUCUAUGUGGCACCCGGCGCCGGCGAUGCCCAACUGCAUCCGGAGUUGGGCUACCGCUUGCCCAGCUCCUCGCCUGCCGAGCCGACCACACCACCAAACCUGUAUCCCCAUCAGCAGACGGUGCAGUUUCCCAGCUCGCAUUCGGGGUCGUCGGAGUCGCUGGAGGAACAAGAGCAGGAUCUACUGCUGCGCACACCACAGAUCUAUGGACAGGCCUCCAAGUACCAAACAGCCAAGCUGCCACCGCUGCUCAUCUAUGCGGGCGGCAGUGCUGGCGACGAGGACAAGUCGUUUGUGCAAAGCGAACCGCUGGAGGAGACCGUCUAUCGCUACUCCGAGCCGGAUCCCCUAUAUGUGCACCAGAAUCCCAUCGACGUGCUGCCGGAUAAGCAGCCGCAGGACGAGGAAACUGAGAAGGCACCGCCAGUCCAAGUGCAGGACGGGGACCAAAGGCGAGGGGAGCAGCGGCCAGUGGUCAGUUUGGAGCAACCGGAGCUGACCACCACUGCAGCAGCAACCACCGCGGCAGCGCCAGCGCUCAGCGCCACAACCACUGAGACGGCGAGCACGGAGAGAUCGACGACACACGUCGUCCCCACCACGAGUGCCAGCUUUGUGUCCACCUCCACGCACUUCAGUCCACUGCGCUCCAUCAGCAGGUACCGCACCACGCCAAAGAUGACAGCUGGACGAUCCACCACAACGACCACAUCCACCAGCACGCAAGCACCGCUGAGCAAGUGGGCCAAGCGGCGAAGGGAGCAGGACAGCAAGGCCAAGAGCAGUCAUCGCCACGAGGCCUUCGUUAGCACCACUCCAUCCACCAGCACCACUUCGUCCACAACCACCACAAGUUCCAGCACCACCAGUUCCAGCACCACAACUUCCACGACACAAACGCCGCCGUCCACAACCGCUGCAUCCACGCGUGUUCCAUUGGCGCCACCCCUGCCGCCGGCACCACCCAAGGAAGUGGUGGAGGUGCUCACCCAGAAAUCGGUCAGCCGAUCGGUGAGCAUCAAGGUGGGCGAGAACGGCGAGGAGAUACCCAUCAUCGUGGACGACGAGGAGAACGAGGUGAAGCCAGUGCUUAAUAAUUAACUCCCCCACCCUAGCAUCCUAGCAUCCUAGUUAUCCUACACGUAAGCCUAGUCGUAAGCAGACUUAAUCCCGCAAUAAAUUCA